AUGACAUCGAUCAACGAAACUGUCGCCGUGGCGGCUGCUCUUUCGGCGACGCCGGCCGCCGGAGCCGGGGUCGCCUCGCAAGAAGAAUCGCACCAUCACACCCCGAAAGUGAAGGUUGAGGUUCCUCCGGUAGCAUCCGUCCGGCUCCUGCGGUCUCUGCUGUCUCACUACAAGGCUUGCCGCUUCUAUCUGGAUGCAAACAAGAAGACGCUUCUUGCGCCUUCCCGUGUCAGAGGGCUGCAUGGCCUUGCCGCGGAAAAGGUGCUAACUGGACAGUCGCUGGCGACUCGUCAGGCCAGCCGAGAUUCAGCAGUCAACCAGGUCGAAGGAACAACGUGCGCCAGAGAUGACUGCUGGUGCAGAUCUCUCGUAGCUCUGAAGGGCAGUCUGGCGAUUUCUCUCAGUCCUGGGAGCUCCGUCGCAACUUUCCAAGAUAUUUACGAGGAGGCACAAAGAGAGGCCCACUUGCUGCGCACGGGGCCGCAGGAUCAGUUCACUCUUCGAGAAGGUCUCCUUUCGCGGGCUGUGCUCCACUGUGAAUUCGAGGUUGCCUCCGGCAGUCUCGAGGUCUGGCCGAGCUCUGAGGCGCUCACAGACCCCGCAGAUGAGAUCCUGGCUCAGGAGCACCGAGCCCACGUCCAGCGGAAGCUGGUAGAAAGUGUGCGCCCCGAGAUGGAGGCGGCUGCGAAGAAGGCUGCAGCCGGGCCGCCUGAGCAAGCGAGCGAGGAGCGCGCCGCCGCGCCUGCGCCGCCGCAGGCAAAGAGAGACGAGGCAGCUGACGCGCGCCGCGCCGAGCACUUCCAGGCGAAAGCAGCCGACGAGCAACGCAGGCACUUCGUAUUCGCUUCCUCCCCCGAUUCCGGGAAACUUCGCUCCUUCGAGGAAGCUGUCAAGGCAGUUUUGCGGGGCCCUGCAGGGCGUGAACUCGAGGGAGUCGGAGUGAAAGAGCCGCGGCGGAGCGGGGAGGCUGCAUGCGGAUCUCCAGGUUACGCGGAGCUUCUUCUACAGCAGCUUUUGUUCCUUCUGUGGGGCCCAGCUGAUGCGACGUUCACGGACGAAGUCCUUGCGUGCCGACCGUCUGUUUGGCGCUCCCGGUUGGCCGCGUGCGGCGCCUGCACCACUGUGAAAACUAUGUGCUGCGGCGCGCGCGCAUGCAGAGAGCAAGGCUGCUGCGAUUGCUGCAUCAGAAAGCGCAUCCAGGUAAAGGAACUCAAGACGCCGGGCGUGGGUGACGCCCCAAGUGGCGGCGCCGCGUCCGCGGGGGAACACGCCACGGGGUCUGUUCUGAAGUCGAACCUGGAGGCGCGACAUGCGGAGAUGGAGCAGAACGGCUUGGAGUUUUUCGAUUGCACAUGCAGCAGGUUCAGGAGCUCGGUGAUCCCGAUUGUCGAUAAUGAAGUCGCAGGAUACCUCGACGAGGACUCCUUGCUCUUGCCCGAGGAUCCCUCGGCGAAGAAUCGCCGGAAGGGGUCAAGCGAAGGAGGCGGAGAGGGGGAGGGAAAAGCCGCUGAUCGCCUAGUCAAGUAUACCUUCGCAGUAUCGCAGAGUGGCGAGAGCGACAGUGACGAUUCGUGGAACUAUGAGCCCUCGUCGACUUCUUCAUCGGAUGACGAGGACGAUGACCAGACAGAAUAUGCGGCAGGGGGCGUCUCGCCUCUCACUCCGAAUCAAUUGAUGGAUUUGCCUGCGUCUGCGCCGCGCCGAAGGCUCCACCAGGUGGCGAUGCCGGGCACGCCGACUGCGAGUUCUGACAGGACGCACGGCGAAACAAGCUUUGUCGGGUGUGCAGAACAACGUGGAAAAGAGACGAAAGCACUUCGCGGGGCUACGAGAGGCGCGCGUAAAUCUUGUCAGCGCGCGUCAGCCCUCAACACUGCCGACUCAGUGCGGCAUCUCGGCAAGCAGAUCGACCGGGCGAUCGAGUUGCUUGGAGGGAGCUGCGUUCCUUUUCUCAACUCGGUCUGCCCGACGGACGCGCAUUGGAUGGUUUCAGGAGCGGCGUUCACCAAUCGCACAAGCGCGUUUGGCGCCGCCACGUUCAGCGUCAGCACAAGCAGCAGCAGCAUGGCGUUUUCCUGCUCUGAGUCCUGGGAAGUGCUUCUCCUCCUGAAAAGCUCCCAGCGCGUGAGCGACACGCUCGCGAGACCUCUGCAUGGCUGCGUAGAUCUGCUUCUCGAAGAGCCUGCCUCCCGCAGUUGCACGAUGAACACGCACGCCGCUGCCCGGGCUUAUGACGCGGAGCCGCAGGGGAGGGGCCGGGCGGACGCGGACUCUCGAAGCCACGCGACAACGACGUGGACUUGCGAAUGCCCAGCGCAUGCAAUCAGAGACUACAGCCGACGCCACGUCGCUCUUCCACUGUGGACGCAAGAAAAUGCGUCAGGGUCUGUCCAUGCAUCCCCCCGGGAUUCGACGUCGGCGCAGCAACCGGCGGACGACGGAGAUUGCGCGACCAGGGAGCAGCACGAGGAAAAAGAGGGAAGCUGCCGUGUCGAGGCGACAGGCGAGAGGUCUGGCUGCGGCUCAGCGUCGCCGCGCAGUGCCCUGAACUGGUGGCAGCGUGUGACGGUUCGCGAUGAGCUGUCGCUAGUGGAAACAAAGCGACUGGAAGAGGGCAUGGAGUUCAGGUGCUUUGUCGGCGGCGGCAAGGUCCUGGGGAUCACUCAGCGAUUCCUCCAAGACUACUUCCCGUUCCUAGUCAAGAAGCGGCAGCUGCAGGAGAAAGUCAGGCGCGCGAUCGUGUCUUUCGUGGAGCGCGUAGUCGUUGGUGCCGAGGGCAGCGAAGGUGUGGAAGGUAAAGACACACGACCACCGUUCCUCCGACGAUUCGUCCUCGAUGUAUACGUCCAGCGAAAGAAGAAAAGAGACGAAGAAACAACAGAAGCUGAAGAGCCGUCAUGUUGCUUCAAGUGCUGGAUUCUGAAUGUUCUGCCUUGGGGCGGAAAAACUGACUCUCUCCUUUUCACGUGGGAGGAGCUGCGGACGAUCGCCUACACUCUGGGUGAGCCAGAGGACUGCGCCGCAGAGGCAGGCACCGGCUCAGGUGGCCUUCAGGCGGCGACGCGCGACACUGGAACCGGCGUUGAAGGACGCAUGCCGCAGCUGCGCGUUAUAGAGCACCAGGGCGACGCAGAUUCUUCACUGAGAGACGGUGCCCUUCAGCUGCCAAAGGAGCUGCAAGAUAUUGCGAGCGUUGCAGGAGCCGGAGGAAUGCAGCGUGGCGGCCCCUCUCUCGAGGAUCUUCUUCACGACCUUCAGGCCGCACAUUCCGACGCUCUGCGCUCUCAGAAAAAGCAUGCUGCCCAAGCAGAGAAGAAAAAAUAA